AUGGGUAUCUUGCCGCCUAAUGAUCCUCGCCAACCGCCUCAAUUCCGGCGAAUUGAAGAUGCCGCUCAUAUUACAUAUGACGAGUAAGUUUCUUGGCAUCAUUUCUUGGUUUUUAGGAUAUGUUUGAUCCCAAAUGACCUUGAUAUAGGUAAUCAUGUUAUGGUAUGACUCUUCAAAAAAUUAUUUUUGAAGGUCAUUUUUGAGUUUUUUAGAAAAAAUUUGAAGUGAUUGUUUAACAAAUUAAUUAGCAAUGUUUCAGUUACACUUUUGAGGAGUCUGACGCUGAAGAUGAUGUUGUAGUAAUCAUUGAGCGUCCGGUCUCCGAGUCGGAUUCGGAUUCUGGACAUCCGAAUGAGUUUGGCGACCGUAAUUCGCGAAGGAAGGCUAAGUACACGGCCAGAAAGGCGGUGCGCGAAGCUAGAAAGUCCAUCAACUUGGGCCAAGGCGAUGGGAUCAAUAUUAAGAAGAACAUGGGAGCUAGGAAAUGGAGACGGCUGGAAAACGGUAAGAAUUUUAUAUUAUUUUUGGUUUUUAGGCGGGAAUUAGUGAUAUUGUCCCGAAUUUAGUUUAUUUUUUUUGUUAAAACUGAAAAGGAAAAUAUUUUUUAUUCACAUUGAACCUUUAGCUCGGAUUUUGGCUAGCUUCACCGAUGCAUCUGACAUUUGUUAUGAUUGUUCUGAUCUGGUUCCCGAGCAUUUGUCCGCAUUUGCUCGUAUUUUACAAGACAAAGAAUGCAUGAAGGUACUUUAUUAGAAUUUUCAGGCUUUGUUUUAAUAAAAUGAAAAUUCAGUUUAAAAACAAACUGUUUACCUUUUAAAUCACUGACUAUGGCACCAAAAUGUGCUGUUUUGGCUUAUAGAAAAGAUUAAACUUAUAGAAGAUUAAACUAUGUUUUUUAGGCCUGGAAUGAAUUUAUCGAGAAGGACGAAGAUGAGCAAAAUGCAUAUCUGGCUGAUUUGGAGAAUGAGAUUGGUCUCGAAGACUCGUUUGAACAUCUGUCGCUGGAUUCUGAUGUUAUGAUUGACCGAGAUUCAAGAAAGCGUAAGAUAUUUAAAUUUUUGUAGAUUUUGCGUUGAAAUUUUGAUAAAAUGUGCAUUUUCAGACUCAAAAAAUAUAUUUUUGAUGCAAAAAUAAAAUGAUAUACUAUUUAUCAAAAAAUAUUGUUUUAGACCACCCAGCUUAUUCAACCAAUUUGGCCUUCCAACAACUUGACCGUCGCUUCCGUAGCGCUUUGAGUAAACGUCACGUACCCCUCGACAUGAUCGAGUCUCUGGAAGCGAUUCUACGCAAAACCUUUGUUCAAGACCCGGCUACAAUCUGGACUGACACUUGUGAUUCGUCGUUUAGAAGGUUUUACAUCCAUGCUGUCGCUCAAUACCUGAAACUCAAAUCGAAAAGCGGCCCGGGCCGAGGACGGAUAAAGGAGACUCAAGUCUUCAACUCGUGCUCUUCGUUUACCCCGCCUGAUGUCAAGUUGGCGUCGGUUAUACGAUCCGCUCGAAAUGCCUCAAGACAAAUCAGUUAA